UGCGGCCGCUAGGCGGCGCCAGACACCACGGCGCGGCGCUGCUCUCACCCGGUCCACCGGGAGAGGGGGGUGGAGGGGAACAAAACGCUGCUCGCUAGGUCGCUCUUUGUUUCUGUCUAGGAGGAAAACCCAAAGACCUUGCCACCGCGGAGGUUUUAAUCACAACGAAUUCACCCGAUUUGAUAGUAGUACUCGACUGCUGUCAACCCGCCCCUCCGUCUCUGCUGAGAGAUGUCUACCCCCGACCCCCCCAUGGGAGGGACUCCCAGGCCGGGCCCUUCGCCUGGCCCGGGGCCCUCGCCAGGGGCCAUGAUGGGCCCCAGCCCCGGUCCGUCUCCGGGAUCGGCCCACAGCAUGAUGGGCCCCAGCCCGGGGCCCCCAGGCUCCGGACACCCCCACCCACCCCAGGGCCCCUCGGGGUACCCCCAGGAGAACAUGCACCAGAUGCACAAGCCGAUGGAGGGCAUGCAUGAGAAGGGGAUGCCUGAGGACCCUCGCUACAGCCAGAUGAAGGGCAUGGGCAUGAGGCCCGGACCCCACAGCGGCAUGGGACCCCCGCCCAGCCCCAUGGACCAGCACUCCCAAGGUUACCCCUCUCCUCUGGGGGGCUCGGAGCACGCCCCCAGCCCCGGCCCCGCCAACGGGCCCCCAUCGGGUCCCAUGAUGCCCGGGGGCCAGUCCGGCCCCGGCUCGGGCCCCAUGGAGGGCGGCGGGGACCCCGGCCCCCCCAUGGGCCAGCAGAACCGCGGCGGAGGAGGCGGUGGUGGCGGUGGUGGACCCCCGGUCGCCGGUGGACCCGGAGGGCCCGUGUCGGGGCCCGGUGGGGCACCCGGAGGCCCCACCCCCUUCAACCAGAACCAGCUGCACCAGCUGCGGGCGCAGAUCAUGGCCUACAAGAUGCUAGCGCGCAGCCAGCCGCUGCCGGAGCACCUCCAGAUGGCGGUGCAGGGCAAGCGGCCCAUGCCCGGCAUGCAGCAGCAGCCCAUGCCCAGCAUGCCCCCCACCACGGGGCCGGGGCCCGGGCCGGGGCCGGGGCAGCCCAACUACAACAGACCCCACGGUAUGCAGGGUCCCAACAUGCCUCCCCCGGGGCCCGCGGGCGUCCCCCCAGGGAUGCAGGGGCCCCCCACCAACGGGCCCCCCAAGCAGUGGGCUGAAGGCCCCAUGGUGAACGCCGCCGCCCCGUCCAGCGCCCCCCAGAAGCUGAUCCCCCCGCAGCCCACGGGCCGGCCCUCCCCCGCGCCCCCCUCGGUGCCCCCGGCCGCCUCCCCCGUCAUGCCCCCCCAGACCCAGUCCCCGGGGCAGCCCGCCCAGCCCCCCCCCAUGAUGCUGCACCAGAAGCAGAACCGCGUCACCCCCAUCCAGAAGCCCCGGGGCCUGGACCCCGUGGAGGUGCUGCAGGAGCGCGAGUACAGGCUGCAGGCCCGCAUCGCCCACCGCAUCCAGGAGCUGGAGCACCUGCCCGGCUCGCUGGCCGGAGACCUGCGCACCAAGGCCAACAUCGAGCUCAAGGCCCUGCGCCUGCUCAACUUCCAGAGACAGCUGAGGCAGGAGGUGGUGGUCUGCAUGCGCCGCGACACGGCGCUGGAGACGGCGCUGAACGCCAAGGCCUACAAGCGCAGCAAGCGGCAGUCGCUGAGGGAGGCGCGCAUCACGGAGAAGCUGGAGAAGCAGCAGAAGAUCGAACAGGAGAGGAAGCGGCGGCAGAAACACCAGGAAUACCUCAACAGCAUCCUGCAGCAUGCCAAGGACUUCAAGGAGUACCACCGCUCCAUCACCGGGAAGAUCCAGAAGGCCACCAAGGCCGUGGCCACCUACCACGCCAACACGGAGCGAGAGCAGAAGAAGGAGAACGAGCGCAUCGAGAAGGAGAGGAUGAGGAGGCUCAUGGCGGAGGAUGAGGAGGGCUACAGGAAGCUGAUCGACCAGAAGAAGGACAAGCGUCUGGCCUACCUGCUGCAGCAGACGGACGAGUACGUGGCCAACCUCACCGAGCUGGUCCGCGCCCACAAGGCCGUGCAGGCGCUCAAGGAGAAGAAAAAGAAGAAGAAGAAGAAGAAGCCGGAGAACCCAGAAGGAGGUGCUGCCUUGGGCCCCGACGGAGAGCCGCUGGAUGAGACCAGUCAGAUGAGUGACCUCCCAGUGAAGCUGGUCCACGUGGACAGUGGGAAGAUCCUCACUGGGAUGGACGCCCCCAAGGCUGGGCAACUGGAGACCUGGCUGGAGAUGAACCCGGGGUACGAGAUUGCUCCACGCUCCGACAGUGAGGGCUCCAGCUCGGAGGAGGAAGACGACGAGGAGGAGGAGGAGAUCCCCCCGCCCCCGCCGCCGCCCCCUCCCCCGCCCAUCGUUGCCCCCGUGGAGGAGAAGAAGAAGAUCCCCGACCCUGACGUGGAGGAGGUGUCCGAGGUGGACGUCCGCUGCAUCAUCGAGCACGCCAAGCAGGACGUGGAUGAUGAGUACAGCUCUGCGUCCUUCGAGCGUGGCCUGCAGUCGUACUACGCCGUGGCCCACGCCGUCACCGAGCACGUGGAGAAGCAGUCCACGCUGCUCAUUAACGGGAUGCUCAAACAGUACCAGGUCAAAGGCCUGGAGUGGCUGGUGUCUCUGUACAACAACAACCUGAACGGGAUCCUGGCUGACGAGAUGGGGCUGGGGAAGACCAUCCAGACCAUCGGCCUCAUCACGUACCUCAUGGAGCACAAGCGCAUCAACGGGCCCUUCCUCAUUAUCGUGCCGCUCUCAACGCUGUCCAACUGGGUGUAUGAGUUUGACAAGUGGGCUCCGUCCGUCAUCAAGGUCUCCUACAAGGGCUCCCCGGCCGCCCGCCGAGCCUUCAUCCCCAUCCUGCGCAGCGGCAAGUUCAACGUGCUGCUCACCACCUACGAGUACAUCAUCAAGGACAAGCAGGUGUUGGCCAAGCUGCGCUGGAAGUACAUGAUCGUGGACGAGGGCCACCGCAUGAAGAACCACCACUGCAAGCUGACCCAGGUGCUGAACACGCACUACCUGGCCCCGCGCCGCCUGCUGCUCACCGGCACGCCGCUGCAGAACAAGCUGCCCGAGCUCUGGGCGCUGCUCAACUUCCUGCUGCCCACCAUCUUCAAGAGCUGCAACACCUUUGAGCAGUGGUUCAACGCCCCGUUCGCCAUGACCGGGGAGAAGGUGGACCUGAACGAGGAGGAGACCAUCCUGAUCAUCCGCCGUCUCCACAAGGUGCUCCGCCCCUUCCUGCUGCGUCGGCUCAAGAAGGAGGUGGAGGCCCAGCUGCCUGAGAAGGUGGAGUACGUGAUCAAGUGCGACAUGUCGGCGCUCCAGAGGGUCCUCUACCGCCACAUGCAGGCCAAGGGCGUCCUGCUCACCGACGGCUCGGAGAAGGACAAGAAGGGUAAGGGCGGCACCAAGACCCUGAUGAACACCAUCAUGCAGCUGAGGAAGAUCUGCAACCACCCCUACAUGUUCCAGCACAUCGAGGAAUCCUUCUCCGAGCAUCUUGGGUAUUCUGGAGGAGUGGUGAGCGGGCCGGACCUGUUCCGGUCCUCUGGGAAGUUUGAGCUGCUGGACCGCAUCCUGCCCAAGCUGCGGACCACCAACCACAAGGUGCUGCUCUUCUGUCAGAUGACCUCCCUCAUGACCAUCAUGGAGGACUACUUCGCCUACCGCGGCUUCAAGUACCUGCGUCUGGACGGAACCACCAAGGCGGAGGACCGCGGGAUGCUGCUGAAGACCUUCAACGACCCGGCCUCGGAGUACUUCGUGUUCCUGCUGAGUACCCGCGCCGGUGGCCUGGGGCUCAACCUGCAGUCUGCCGACACCGUGGUCAUCUAUGACUCGGACUGGAACCCCCACCAGGACCUGCAGGCCCAGGACCGCGCCCACCGCAUCGGGCAGACCAACGAGGUGCGCGUGCUGCGGCUGUGCACGGUCAACAGCGUGGAGGAGAAGAUCCUGGCGGCGGCCAAGUACAAGCUCAACGUGGACCAGAAGGUCAUCCAGGCCGGCAUGUUCGACCAGAAGUCGUCGGGCUGCGAGCGCCGUGCCUUCCUGCAGGCCAUCCUGGAGACGGAGGAGCAGGACGAGCACCAAACCAAGGCGCCGAAACCUGACUAUGAGGAAGACGAGGUCCCCGACGACGAGACCGUCAACCAGAUGAUCGCCAGGAGCGAGGAAGAGUUCGAGCUGUUCAUGCGCAUGGACCUGGACCGGCGACGAGAGGAUGCCCGUAACCCCAAGAGGAAGCCGCGCCUCAUGGAGGAGGACGACCUGCCCAGCUGGAUCCUGAAGGACGACGCCGAGGUGGAACGCCUCACCUGCGAGGAGGAGGAGGAGAAGCUGUUUGGUCGCGGCUCGCGCCAGCGCAAGGAGGUGGACUACAGCGACUCGCUGACGGAGAAGCAGUGGCUCAAGGCCAUCGAGGAGGGGAACCUGGAGGACAUGGAGGAGGAGGUCCGCCACAAGAAGACCACCCGCAAGAGGAAGAGGGACCGGAGUGACCACGACGCGGGGCCCGCCACGCCGGGCUCCAGCGGCGGGGGCCGCGGCGGGGGCCGCGACAAGGACGAGGACGGCAAGAAGGCCAAGAAGAGGGGCCGGCCCCCCGCGGAGAAGCUGACCCCCAACCCCCCCUCGCUCACCAAGAAGAUGAAGAAGACCGUGGACGCCGUCAUCAAGUACAAGGACGGCACCAACGGGCGCCAGCUGAGCGAGGUGUUCAUCCAGCUGCCCUCCAGGAAGGAGCUGCCGGAGUACUACGAGCUGAUCCGCAAGCCCGUGGACUUCAGGAAGAUCAAGGAGAGGAUCCGGAGCCACAAGUACCGCAGCCUGAACGACCUGGAGAAGGACGUGAUGCUGCUGUGUCAGAACGCCCAGACCUUCAACCUGGAGGGCUCCCUGAUCUACGAGGACUCCAUCGUGCUGCAGUCGGUGUUCACCAGCGUGCGUCAGAAGAUCGAGAAGGAGGAGGACAGCGAGGGCGAGGACAGCGAGGAGGAGGACGACGACGUGGACGACGGCUCGGAGUCUGAGUGUGAGUCUCGCUCGGUGAAGGUGAAGAUCAAGCUGAGCAGGAAGGAGAAGGGCGACCGCGGCGGGAAGAGCCAGCGGAGGCGAGGUCGCGGCGCCCGACCCAAACCCGUGGUGAGCGACGACGACAGCGAGGACGAGCAGGAGGAGGAGCAUUCGGCCAGUGGCAGCGACGAGGACUGAAGAGGUGCAUGAUGGGAGCCCUGGCCUCGUCUGUCCCCGCUAUAUAUUUUACCUAGAUACCGCAGCGAGGAGGAGGAGGAGAAGGAGGAGGAAGGAAGGAGGUUUUAACUAGAACAGCUCUUUACAUUGGUUGUGUUUUUGUUUUUUUAGCGAGACUUGUGUAUUCUCUCUAAAAAAGUACGUGGUUAAAUAAAGAAAAUUGAAUUCAAAAUAAUAAAAAAAUACGUCGAGUAUGAACAGCUUAAAAACGUUCCACUUCCAUAUUUAAGCCGAGUCAUUGGAUAGGAACAGUAGAACCUAACGUUACGUGUCUUUCUCUCUGCCUUUCCGCGGCCUGCCACUGGGGGGCGCCCGAGCCCCAAACGGCUCCCUGUUUCCGGACCGUGGCGGGAGGCCUUGUAUGUGCUAUUUGUUUUUCGUUUUCCUCUAUUUUUUAAGUGGUAUUGAUUGAUCACUCACUCAGUUUUUUGGGGUUGUUUUUUGUUCUCUUCGAGUCACUGUAGUUUCUCUCCGUUAAACUGUAUCUCCCCUCAGAGUGCACGUGGAGAGGUAGUGAAAUGCACCUGGCUGUGUCGUUUUACCGUUAUCUCUGUUUAAUUUAAACUCACCCCCGGCGGCGGCCCUAUUGGGAGGGGGGGGCGGGGCGUGAAUCUCUCCCCCGUAGGGGAGUAGGGGGCGCUAGAGGGAUAGGACCAUUUCAUGUGUCUGUGUCACUGGAUUCCAAAAAUUACAAUAAUAAAGGCAUCUCAUAAUAAACUGUCACUCUGCCGUGUCUGGUUGUUCUUUCUGAGUGAGGCUUCGUUUAUAAGCUGACACUUGCCGACUUGAUACUCAAAUUAAUGCACUUAUUUGUUGUGUUUUAGCAUUUGAUUUACCUGAUUUGUAUAUGUGGUCGGGUGACCUCCAGAUGCG